GUUCUAACAAGUCAUGAUGUUGGUCUUAUAAAAUCUAUUAAAAUUUAAUAUUUUUCCUCAUCAAUUGUUAUUUACAGAUAAUAGUUCUCAUUAAUGGUAACAAAUAUCUAGAGAUACAGUUGAUACAUUUAAUAAUAUGAUGUACCUCAAAAUCUUCUCUUUAUGAAUACAAAAACAACCUCUAAAUUUUAGUAAAAUAAAUUAGAGGCAUUCUAUUCAAAAUAAACGGUCUCUUUUUGGGUAGAUAAAGAUGUCUUGCAUAUUAAAAAUGGUCCGUAGAGAAUAAAAGACCUCACCACGACAAUGUCACGCCACAACGCACCACAGCCACCGAGGGAUCUUACCAAGCAGCACUCAUGGUCGCAUGAUGUGAACCGCAACGAGGCUUGGCUGCGGAAGAAAAAGAAACGAUCAGUGGAUCUCAUUCCUCGAAGCAAGAGCGUCACGAACGACGAUCUCGAGGAACUUAGAGGUUGCAUCGAGCUUGGGUUUGGGUUUGAGCCAGAUUCUCCUGACUUGGAUCAAAGGCUCACGGAUACAAUCCCGGCUCUAGAUUUGUACUGUGCUGUUCAUAGACAAUAUUGUAACCAUUUGUCCCGGACUUCGUCGUUCGCAUCGGAAACUGACAGCAGCAGCUCUAGCACCACAACGGUUCUCGAUAAAGGUGAUGAUCGAAAGACAAUGAAGCAGAAGCUGAAGCAAUGGGCUCAGGUGGUCGCUUUUUCAGUGCGGCAAGCCAGGAAACCCAGUUGAUGUUCUUUGAAUUUCUUCUGAUUAUGCACAAAACAAAUGGGAUUGGUAACAUGAUUGCCAAUAUGAAUAAAAACGUAUCUCUAAGUCUAAAGCUAUCAAACUGUUAAAUAUGUUUUGAAGCCAAUUGCGCCUUUUUUUUCUCUCUCUCUUAAUAACCAAACACUUAGUUGUUUUGUGAAGCCAAUAGUUGCUUAUGCUGUUUUUAUCUUUGUUUUUCUUCAAACCAAUUAAAGGAUCCCCACUAAAUGUGGUUCAAGAUCAUCAAAUGUGAUUCUAAACCAUCUUAUGAAUGUGAUUACGUAGAGGUGUCAAAAUAGACCGCAACCCGCAGAUUAUAUCCAAAUAGUCCAGUAGCGGAGCGGGCCUGGACAUAUAUAUAUACAAACUGCAAUCCACAGCGGAUCGUACUACUUGAACGCGGGUUGAUCCGCUUAACAUUUCCAAAACUAAAAGUUUUAAUAGAAUAUCAAGAUUAUGGAUAACUUAAGAUAUAUGUUUUCUAAAUAUUUUAUUUUCUAUAACAAAUUAAACUUUAAACUAUAUAAAAUACAAAUGAAGAAAAAAUAUUAUAAACAAGAAUAAACAAGAUAUAAAACAACCACAUUUUAUAUCUGCACAACAUAAAUUAGGUUUUAUGUUUUUUUGACAAUUUGAGAACCUAACUAUUAUAGCAAACACAAAGAAGUGAAUCUUGUAAUCAACUAUCUCAGCACUUUAACCUUCAAUUUCUUUGGAUCAGUUGAUAUAGUACGCUUAUGGAUGAUCUUUGGCUUUUGUACCUCAGUUCAUUAUAUGUUUGUUAUUCUCAGUUUUGUUAAUUCUUGGACACAAGUGUGGAAUGAUAAUUUAAAACAAACAUAUUAUAUGCAAAUAAUCAAAUUAUAAGAAUACUGUAAAGUAUAUUUGCUUAUGCUCACUCGUUUUUCUAUAAUUAUUUUAUUUCUUUGGAAAAAAUAAACUCUUUUCAAUAUAAAUAUAUCAUUUACAGAAGAAAAAAAUCAUGAUUUUUUUUUUUAUAAUUCAUACUCAUUGUAAAGUGAUAUUCAUCAUACAUGAAAACUAUAUAACAUAUUUUAAACAUCAUGGAUAGAGAUCCACAGGUUGGCCUGCGAAACCGCUUAGCUAUGCGGGGUGGACUUGGACAUUUAUAUACAAACCGGCUCAAUUUUGUAGACAUUACGUUUUUUCUAUGUUCAUGUAAUUUUAGUUGUUGAUCAGUGGGAACGAUUUUGAUCCUAAUUGUUUAUUUGUAUUUAAGUUUU